UGAUGACAAGAGUGCACGUAUCCGUUACUGACCUGACUGCUGGAGCUUCGCCUGUUCUGACCAGAAGAGAAAGAUUAAGUUGGAGAGGGAAGAAGAGUAGACUGGAAGGAGAAAGAGGACAUUGAUGAAGGGUGUGAAAGGAUUAAGUGUUAACUGAGGAGAGGAGGAGGCGUAGAAGGAGGAGGAGAGUGACUUAAUCGCAAGAGAAGAGGUGACAAACCUGUGCUGAAGCCUGUGUGAGCUGUAGGUGAUGGAUUUGCAGUAACGGGGCAGAUAUCUCGAGAUUAAAGAUGCACGAGAGCAAGCGGGCAUCUUCACAAUCUUGUCACUGACGGGGCAGCAGUGAUGCAUUUGUUUUCCUGACUGUGGUAUGAGCCGGUUUAAUAAGUUGAGGAGACGGGCUCGGAUGAAGAACCACCAGGCAUACAGAUGAAGUCCACACAUGCAAAUCUGUACGGUUGACAUUAAGGUUUCAAGGUUUCCUUCCAUCUCUGUUUCUCCUCUCAGCUCAGCCAUCAUGCUUGAAAUCCAGCUGAGCUCAUCCCGUCACAACAGCUAGUUACUAUCCAAGCUAUCACCCCAUGGAACAUCAACCCUGACUCUAAACACGUUCUCCAUUUAAUGAUGUCUAACAGUGACUUUACAGGUGUGGAUUUCCAGGUCCAAACUGGCAGCACCAGUGUUUCUGAUGCAGAGCAGCCGGUUGUUCCGUCAGUGUGUCCAUCCCCUGAGCACUGGUCAUCGACAUCUUUUCAAAGUCCAACCAGUCAUGAAGUAUUGAGUGUAUCAUCUCUGGUCCCUUCUACGGUCCUCACACUCAUGCCCCACUAUAAACCCACAGCUAAUGGAAGCUUAUACCCAGAACUUUCAUCCUUUUCUGAAAUAACAUCAAAGCCUCAGCUUCCAGAAACAUCAUCCUUUCCAUCUGGUUCCCCAGAGACCCAAGAUCAAAAAAUCCUGACUUCACCACUUCCUUGUAGUGAUAAUGCCCAGGAAGUCCAGCAGAGGAAACCAUCAGAUGGGGGACCACUGGAGGAGGGAUCAGUAGGUCUCAUCUUACUCAAAGAUCUUCCUGAUGAAGAGCCAGAUGCAGAGUCUCAAGGCUGUUCAUCUCGUGACUUAUUACUGAUUGUGGGCCUCCCUAUGAUCAUCAUCCCCAUCAUCACUUCUGCUCUGUUAAUCAAGUUCCUGGUUUUCCCCUCUGGGGUAAGUGAAUCUCCUCCUGCCUGUGGUGUGAAAGGGAACUGCAGUGUCUUGACCCUUGUGCCUGUUCUGUCUAAGAAUCCAGUGAACCAGACAGGGAACAUCACUGCAGACUGCACAUCUCUGGCUAGCGACGGUCGACGUAUUGUUGGGGGGACGUUGGCGGCCAGUGACAAGUGGGGCUGGCAGGUCAGCAUGCACUGGAGAGGGAAACACGUCUGCGGAGGUGCCAUCAUCUCCCCUCGCUGGGUCAUCACUGCAGCUCACUGCUUUGUUGAGGUUCAAGUCAAGAGUGGGAACAAAAUGUCUGAAGCAGCUGACUGGCUGGUGGUGGUGGACACGGUCAACAUCGCAGAUGAAUCUCUGGGGAAACGUUACAGAGCGCUGCAGGUCCUCUACCACCCCCAUUUCAACACAUUCAACAACGACUAUGACGUGGGCCUACUGCGCACCAUCACUGACAUGGACAUGAAAGGUGGGGUGCGACCGGUCUGUUUACCCCAUCCGAACGAGUCCUUCCCUCCUGGAGCGGCCUGUUGGAUCACAGGCUGGGGAUAUAUUAAUGAAGGAGGCUUUGUGUCAGAUGAGCUAAGGCAGGCACAAGUCAAAGUAAUAGCUCAAUCUGUCUGCUCCGACCCGAGCGUCUAUGGCGUUUACCUAACUCCUCGGAUGAUUUGUGCUGGCACAAUGAACGGAGGGGUGGACUCCUGCCAGGGAGACAGUGGUGGACCUCUGGUCUGUGAGACAGCCAAUGGGGAGUGGAGACUGGCAGGGGUGGUGAGUUGGGGUGAAGGCUGCGGACGGCCAAAUAAACCAGGCGUCUACAGUAGAGUAACCCAACUGAUCGGUUGGGUUGAAAAAUAUAUAGAGGACAAACCAGAGGAAGUGAAGGAGGCCACGACAGGCAUCACUGACACUUACAACUGAGACAAGAGACAAUAAAGAAGGCACUCACCUGCAUCUGCUUGUUUGUUAUUGGUUCUAAUAUGACAGGCAGGUUUUAAAGUAAUAUUUUUGUUUAACUAGACUGACUCAUUUAACACCUGGAUACAAACACCCAAAUAUUGCUCCGAAAAAUUGUUCCAACUCUGUUGUGGAAGUUACCGCAAGUGCAUUGCACCUGCAGUUUGCUUUGCUUUCACCUGCUGUCCAGUUCAUACCAAACCAGCUCUAUGGGAGACUGCUGCUCUUCCAUCAUUUGAAACCACCAUCUAUUGUCCUGUUAUUGUAAUCUUUUGGGUCAUUACCUUGCUGUAGGAAGAACAUCUGACACACUAGUUGUCUGUCUUCCUUUGUUGCUUGCCCUUCUCUCACCAUUCUGAUAGCAAUACAGUACUAAUUCCUGCAGCACAGUAUCAUCCUAUCAAUGCAUCAUGAAGUGUAGCAACACAGUUUG